AAAGGAGGGUCAGAAAUAUCAUCAAACAACAAGUGUAACGAUCCAAGGUUGUGCUAAUUCUAGAAGAAAUUCGAUGACAGCAAAAGAAGUCAACGAUACCUGGAAAACAAAUGAAAUGAAAAGUUGCUAUGAUCACAAGGAAUCUAUCAUAAAUUUCGAAGAAGUUAUUCGUUCAAACAUCAAUAACCCAUGCCCAAUCACGGAGUUCAGUAAGCCUAUAGAGCUUGAUUUGAAGAUGAUGUAGCCCCGCAUAAUCAAAUAAAUGCGAGAAACUUCACCAUAUUGAAGAAAUGUACCAGC